AUGCAGGAUUUGUCCGAGGAUCCGAGAGGGAGUGAUGCUGAUGGGAACGAUGGGGCAGCAGACGUCCCUGAUCCCUCGACGUUUCAAAGCUUCGGCCGGCGAGCCACGCUAACGGCAGCCCUAGCUGGAAACACAUUCAAAAAGCUUGGAAUGAAGGUGAAAUUAGCCAAUCGUUUUCUCAGCAAGAAGAAAGCAAAUGCAGAUGAUUCUUGUGUUAAAAGGGUAUUCACGUUUGAUGCAUCAGCGCUGAAGAAACGAGGAGCCACAGUAGCAGAUCUUUUUGAGAAGGAAGAAAAAGAAGAAGACUAUUGUGAUAUUGUUGACAUGGACGAUGAAAGGGUGGAGGAGGUCGUCUCAAAGGGUUUGGUUGGCUGCAUGGUGGAGAGCGUCAUCUUUCGUUUCUUCAUUCUAGCUGUUAUCAUCGUCAACGCCAUCCUCAUUGUCUUACAGACAAACGAAGAACUUUCGUUGGAAUACGCAUGGCUGUUUUCCAUAUUCGACUACAUCGUUCUGACCGUCUUCGUGUGGGAACUUCUCCUGAAGUGGUACAACGGUUUCUUCAUCUACUGGAGGGUCGGCUGGAACAUCUUGGACUUCUUCAUCAUUCUUACCCUCUUCCUUGGACCGACAUUAACUUUUCUUGGAAGCAGUCGCAUUUUGAGAAUCCUUCGAGUUAUUCGCGCGUUCAGGAGUUUGAGAAGCAUCAGCGCUUUAUCUGGUCUGACAGUUGUCGUACAAACUAUUAUGCAAUCCAUCCCCGAUAUGACUAAUAUCGCGUUGCUCCUACUUAUCAUCAUGGUUGUACUCAGCGUGGCUGGAGUGGCCCUAUUUGGACGCGACUUCCCGGCAUACUUUGGCAAUUUAGGGGAAGCAAUGUUUACAAUGUUUGUUUGCGUGACACAAGAUGGAUGGAUGGGAAUGUUCAACCAAUUUCAGGAAUCGCCCAAUCAUUUUCUGGCUGGUGCUUGUUUCUUCAUCGUCUGCAUCAUAGUUGGUGCCUUCGUCUUUGCUAAUCUGGUUGUUGCUGUAGUUGUCACUAAUCUGGAUAAAGCAAUCCGAGAAAUCAAAGCUGAGAAUAAGAAGAGGGAGGACACUCUGUCCACUAAGCCUGUGGAAGAAGACACGGAACAUCCCGGUCACUUGGAACACGACGUACCUGUUGUCAGUAUGGACACCGUCAACAAACUCGGCAACCUUACAGAACAGAAACCACUAUUCCUUGGCGAUUUCUCCAACAUUACACCAGAGAAGUUCCAGAACUACAUCAUCGUCUUGCUGGCUCUGGAGGAAAACCUCGUGGAGUACAAGAGAAUACGUGACGAUCUGGAUCAGAUUUAUGAGUUGAUUGGUUCGAUUAACGAAGACGAGGGAGAUGGUGGAGAGGGUGUGCCCACGGAACGGUCCAAUAUCUCCUCAUCUCCUCUUGAUGUUAGAGAGUUUGGGCGUAAGGGUGACAUCUUGUCCAACCUGAUGGAGUUGGAUAAACACAAACUCGGUGGCUCUUCUUUAAAACCAGACGCUAGCUACCGCCAAUACAUCAAGGAAUCAGCUCGACUCAUUGAUCAAAUGAAGCAAGCCAAACAUCAAGACCAUCCCGUCCAAGCGUCCGAUGUACAGGGGACGAGUCAAGGCAAAAAGUAA